AUGACUUCAAGAAUAUAUUUGGAUGCUGAAAACGUGAUCCACUUCACUCAAGGUCGACGAGGAGCAAGAUCAGACGAUCCUCAUAGUACCUGUCCAAAAUGCAGAGAUCAUGAUCAAUCAAGUGUUCAUGGUGUGGUCUAUUGUUGCAUAGAUUGUUUCGAUUCUGGUGCAGAUCAUCUCUAUCUCUUUGAAUAUGGUGUUAAUCCAGCUUUCAUCCUCGCCAAACUUGGAGGAGGUACAACUCUUGCCCUUGCUGACCAACCUGACGUUGUGCUGAACCAUGCACUUAAUUUCCUUACUAGCAGCGACUCCAAUAGCCACUACCGUUUCAUAAACAAUGGUAAAGACUUUGCAAUUUUAUGGAGUUUUAAGGUGAGAAAUAUAGUUACGUUUGACAUCGAGAGGGAAAACCUACAGCCUGGAGAUCAUAUCUACACAUGGACACGAGCCAAUACAAAAGACAAUGGUAACCUUCCUCUUCUUCUCCUCUUCCAAAGCACAGCUGCAACUUUUAUUGGUGUGGCAGCUACAUGUUCUGGGUUAUACUGUAUUUAUGGUUUUCGUUCUGACAUAGGAGCGCGUCUUAACAUUAUUAAAGUGGAUCAAGUAGAGACAUUGCUUGAUGUUGAUGAUAAGAACUUCUCUUCUGCUGCGUCUGGCGUCAGACCUAUUGAAUCCUUAAUUGACCUGUUCAUAGUAUUGCUGAUGACUCAUGUCAAUUUUCAGUUGCUAUUAACAGUACGAGUGUGA